AUGGAAGUCUGUCACUCUCACCCAAGGACCCACUUCAAACUGAUCAAGUCUCCUUUCUCUGACCACCCAGAGGAGCGCAGAACCUUCCACUGUGUGAUGCUUCGGCCCCUGCUACUGUCCCUGCUCUGGGCAGGGUCCCUGGCUAAGACGGGGGAUUAUGAGCUCUUAGUGACUGAUUCAGUGACGGUACAGGAGGGUCUCUGCGUCUUUGUGUCCUGCCAAGUCCGUUACCCCACUUCCAGUAGUUCUGUCUUUGGCUACUGGUUCCAGGAUGGGGCCAGUAUAAACCGCGACUCUCCGGUGGCUACAAAUGACCCAAAUCGAUCAGUACAGAAGGAAGCUCAAGGUCGAUUCCAUCUCAUGGGGGGACCAAACACCCAAAAUUGCUCCCUGGAGAUCAGAGACGCAAAGAGAAGUGACACACAAGUGUACUUCUUCAGGCUGGCUGGAUCUGUGAAAUACAGUUUUCUGACUAAGAAGCUCUCUGUGCAUGUGAUAGCUCUGACUGAGACCCCCAACUUCCAAAUCAUACCUACCCUGGUGUCCGGCACUUCCACCCAACUGAUCUGUUCUCUGCCCUGGGCUUGUGAGCAGGGGACAGCCCCCAUCUUUUCCUGGAUGUCAUCUGCCCUCACCUCCCUGGGCCCCAGGACCACCCUCUCCUCAGAGCUGAACCUCAUACCCAGGCCCCAGGACCAUGGCACCAACAUCACCUGUCAGGUGACCUUCCCUGGUGUUGGUGUUAUGGUAGAGAGGACUGAACAGCUCGCUGUCACCUAUGCUCCACAGAAGCUGACCAUCAGGGCGUCCCGGGGAGAUGACACAGAGCCUCAAGUCCUGCACAGUGGCUCAUCUCUGCAUAUUCAAGAGGGUGAGUCCCUGAGCCUGGUCUGUGUGGCCGACAGCAACCCCCCUGCCGUGCUGAGCUGGGAGCGCCUGACCGAGAGGCCUCUCCAGCUCUCUACUGAGGAACUGCAGCUGCCGAGGGUGGAGUUGGAGGACCAUGGAAAAUACAUCUGCCGAGCUCAGAACAAUCUGAGUGCUCAGGAGGCCUUUGUGAACCUCAGCGUAAGGAGCCUUCUACAGCUGCUGGUGCCCUCCUGCUCCUGGGAAGCUGAGGGUCUGCACUGCAGCUGCUCCUCCAGAGCCUGGCCCACCCCGUCCCUGCGCUGGCGGCUGGGGGAGGGGCUGCUGGAGGGGAACAGCAGCAAUGUCUCCUUCACGGUCACCUCCAGCUCCACAGGACCAUGGGCCAACAGCAACCUGAGCCUCAGCAUGGAGUUCAGUGCUGGCCACAGACUCAGCUGUGAGGCUUGGAAUGACAAUGGGGUUCAGAGUGUCACUGUCUUACUGCUGCCGGGUCAAGAGGUCACAAAGGACACAUCAGAAACCAGUACAGGAGUGGUCCAAGGGGCCAUCGGAGGAACUGGUCUCAUGGCCUUGCUUGCUGUCUGCUUCUGCUUCAUCUACUUCAUAAUGAAGUUCCUCAGGAAGAAAUCAGCCCUGAAAGGAGCAAGCAUGGAAGACAACCAUCCUGCCGAGAGCCCUGGCUCCAUCACAAAUGGUUCAAGCAUGAUUUCAUCCAGAGUUUCCUUAAGAUACUCCAACCAGGGUCACCUGAAUGCAUCAGGGUCACCGAACCAGAAAGAACAGCCACCUCUUUCCGUAGUCCCACACACCCUGGAGGAUGAGCCUGAACUCCACUAUGCCUCCCUCUCCUUCCAAGGCCUGAAGCCCCGGCAUCCUCAGAACACGGAGACCAUCAAGUCUGAUUACGUGGAGCUCAAGAUCCACAAGUGCUGACCCCCCUUGCUCUUGUGUCCCAGCACUGGUUGGAGUCCCGGAAAGGACAGCGUAUGUUAGGGGCAGAUUCUGAGAUGAGUGGCCCUCCAAACCAAAGGUUCUGAAGGAGAAGGCAUGAGGGCGACAGGAUUCCUGGGUUCAAGUCCAGGUUCGGUGUUAUUCCCACAGAAGCCGCCUUUCCUCGCUGUGCCCUCUCUUCCUCCUCUGUAAAGUGGGUCCCAUUCAUGCGGUGUGACCAGGAGAAACCCCACAGUGUUCAUUGUUUGUUGCUUGCGUUGCUUAUGUUGCCUCAGCAGUGGGAGGAACAUUCUGACUCUAUCACAUACUUGAAUUUUACUUGUAUAUUUUAAGGAACGUACGUUAAUUCUUAAAGUGAUAAUGUUUUGAAGUGUGACUGUGGUGUAGCUACACGUACCUCAGAUUGGACUUACACUGAAUGUUCUGCAAGCUCUGAAAGAUCACACAGAUGCCAGCCCAGACUACUGUACCCAGAAAAACCAUCAAUUACAAGGAAUAAAACUAAGAUCUUCCACAAAUCAAUACAAGUGGCAGACAAUCCAAUACAAAACGGUAUAUGUGAGUGGCCAGCAAACGUACAGAAAGGUGAUCAAUCCGUGCUUGUCAAUGAAAGAUAAAUAAAUACGAUACAACUGCCAAACUGUGCAGCAAUUCUGCUCACAACUGCAGCCUAAAAACACAAGAUACAGUUAUUCAUCAGACUUCCCCAAGUGUGUUGUUGAUGGAAGGAUUGGGGAGGAAGCUCAGUGGCAGAGGGGUGCUUGCUAUGUCUGAGACCCUAAUCUGUUUGAUCUCGGGUCCUAUAAAAGUAAUGAAAUGUACCCAAAUGUGCACCAGAAGUAAGAGAGGCAAACAAAUUACACCAUGUUUAUGGGAUGUAGAAAUAGAAUCUCAUGCAUGUGUGACAGAAUGUAACACAGACGGACAGAAUCCAGACACAUAGUCUCUAAUGUGUUAGGUCCUUGGCAUGAGGUUUAGAAAAAAAGAGAACUCAUCUUUGGCAUUAG